UCGCGUCACCCCCAGACAGACCCGAGCCCGGAGCGGAACCGCUGCCGCUCGGACCCCUCCUCUCCGCCUCCUCUCGUCUCCUAUAGUAGUAACAGCAGCAACAGCAGCGCCGCCGCCAUGUCUUCUUCUCCCUCCCAGGUGCGCCAGCACCACCACCAGGACUGCGAGGCGGCCGUCAACCGCCAGAUCAACCUGGAGCUCUACGCCUCCUACGCGUACCUCAGCAUGUCCUUCUAUUUUGACCGGGAUGAUGUGGCUCUGAAAAAUUUUGCCAAGUAUUUUCUGCACCAGUCCCACGAUGAGCGUGAACAUGCUGAAAAACUCAUGAAGCUGCAGAACCAGAGGGGCGGUCGCAUCUUUCUGCAGGAUAUUAAGAAACCAGAUCGUGAUGAUUGGGAGAAUGGGCUGACAGCACUGGAGUGUGCCUUGCACCUGGAAAAGAAUGUGAACCAGUCACUCCUGGAUCUGCACAAGCUGGCAACUGACAAGAAUGACCCUCAUUUGUGUGACUUCAUUGAGACCCACUACCUGGAUGAGCAGGUGAAGGCCAUCAAAGAACUGGGUGACCAUGUGACCAAUCUGCGCAAGAUGGGGGCACCCAAAAAUGGGAUGGCAGAGUACCUCUUUGACAAGCACACCCUGGGGGAUUGUGGCAAUCAAAGCUAAAGCCUCUGCAUAGACCACCCAUGGAUUUCAGUAAGCUUCCUAGCUUGCUGCCCAGCAGUGCAUGCAUCUUCUGUUUAUCUAGAUGUCAUUCUGUACCAAAAAUCUCACUUUUUGUGUUAACACCUUACAGUCAAUAAAGUGACUUGUUUCAA